AUGUCGUCGUCAUUGUCCGCCUCAGCAUCGGCUGAAAAUGUAAAUGUCGGUGGUGGUAGCGGUGGCGGCAGUGGUUCAGCUGGUGAUGGCUCCUCACAGGAUGGCGCCGCACCGAGUAUGUGCCUGGAAUUGGCCUUGGAAGGUGAACGCCUGUGUAAGGCUGGCGAUUGUCGGGCAGGUGUGGCCUUCUUUCAGGCCGCAAUUCGUGCAGGAACCGAUGACCUUCGCACACUGAGUGCGAUCUAUUCUCAGUUGGGCAACGCCUACUUCUAUUUGGGCGACUAUUCCAAGGCAAUGCAAUAUCAUAAAUUGGAUUUGACAUUGGCCCGUUCCAUGAAUGAUAAAUUGGGUGAGGCGAAGUCAUCGGGUAAUUUGGGUAAUACCUUUAAGGUAAUGGGGCGAUUCGAUGAGGCCGUAAUGUGUUGUGAUCGUCAUUUAACACUGGCACGGCAAUUGGGUGAUAAAUUAUCGGAGGGUAGGGCCCUCUACAAUUUGGGUAAUGUUUAUCAUGCCAAGGGUAAGCAUAUGGGUCAAAGAAAUCCUGGAGAUUUUGGUGAUGAUGUGAAGGAGGCCCUGACCAAAGCCGUGGAAUAUUAUCAAGAGAAUUUGAAAUUGAUGCGGGAGCUGGGUGAUCGUGGUGCCCAAGGCAGGGCAUGUGGUAAUUUGGGCAACACCUAUUAUCUGUUAGGUGACUUCCAGGCUGCCAUUGAACAUCACCAGGAGCGCUUGCGCAUUGCCCGUGAAUUUGGUGACAAGGCGGCGGAGCGUCGUGCCAACAGCAAUUUGGGCAACUCACAUAUCUUUUUGGGCCAAUUUGAAGAAGCUGCCGAUCACUACAAACGUACCCUGGCCUUGGCCAUUGAAUUGGGCGAGCGGGAAGUUGAGGCCCAAUCCUGUUAUAGCUUGGGCAACACCUAUACUCUGUUGCGUGAAUUUGCCACCGCCAUUGAUUAUCAUCAACGUCAUUUGGGUAUUGCUCAGGAAUUGGGUGAUCGUGUUGGUGAGGCUCGUGCCUGUUGGUCACUGGGAAAUGCCCAUUCAGCGAUUGGAAAUCAUGAAAAAGCUUUAAAAUAUGCUGAAUCGCAUUUGCAUUUGGCCAAAGAGCUACAGGAUCCGGUCGGUGAGAGUACAGCUCGUGUGAAUAUUGCCGAUUUGCGUAAGCUGUUGGGUAUGCCCGAAGUGGCACCAUCUCCGGUGGAGUUGGAUGAUCGUUCAAGUAAUACCGACUUGUCGCAGGGUAGUGAUGUCCAGUCAGAUGGUUCGGAAAAUUCGCAGGGAAGGAUGGUCCGCGUUCGCCGCCAGAGUAUGGAACAGCUGGAUUUAAUUAAAAUCACACCCGAUGGCAAACGCCAACAAAAACAAGAUGCCAACAAUAAAGCAAUGCGUCCGCCCAUGGCCAAAGCUCAGGAUGAUGAUUUCUUUGAGCUGUUGUCACGUUCCCAGUCCAAACGUAUGGAUGAUCAACGUUGCUCCAUUAAAAUCAAUAAAAUUAGUAGUCAGGGACCAAAUAUUUCCGCACCAAUUGCUGUGGCUGGUGGUGGUGGUAAUGCAGCUGCUACCGCCGGAGGUGCAGCCUCCGCUAGUGGUGGAGCUACACGUAAACCCUUGCAACAACACAAUUCAAUACAAAACAACAACGGCUUUGCAAAUGGUGGUGAUGGUGCAAAUGGUUUGCCGGGUCUGAAAGCUAAUGCUGCCAGUAGUACAUCAUCAAAUAAUGGCACGGCAAGUGGUAACAAUGCCACUGCCGCAGCCGCCGCUAGUCAUCCCCAGUUGUUGCGCAGUGCCACUGCAACGGAAAAAGUUGACGAUGACUUUUUGGAUAUGUUAAUGCGUUGCCAGAGCUCCCGGCUGGAAGAGCAACGUUCCGAAUUGCCACGACCAAAUGUUCUCAUUGAUGCUGAGGCUCAACCGAGAAAUCGACCAUCGGCUGGUAGGGGUACCACAGUACCUGAUGAGGAUUUCUUUUCGCUUAUUAUGAAAGUUCAAAGUGGCCGAAUGGAAGAUCAAAGAGCAGCUAUACCCAUGACUAGGCGUGAUGGGGCCACAGGCAGUGGAGCCGGAGGUGGUGGCUCAAACAAGUAA